AUGGAGGGCGGCGUGGUGACUUGUGGAUGUGGACGCGGCGGCUUGUUCGCGUGCUCGCUGGAGCGGCGGCGUGGGGAUUUCCUGGGCGCUGCGUUGCUUCGGCAGCUAGAUCUGGUGGCAAUGGCGGUUGCCCGCAAUGCAGGAAGGGCCGACCUGCUGGCGGCAUCGCUCGCCGGCAAUGGAUGGAGGAUCGGGCCGAUCCGGUGGCAGCGGCGGAGGUCGUCCUCGAACCACGAUGGCGACAGGGUGUCGAUGUGGCGGCGAACCUUAUAUGAUGACGAUGGUAGCUUGGUUGGCCUUAUAUGUCUCUCUCUUGAUGUACGGACACUGCAAGAGGUAUUCAGUCCUUCAGCCACAGCGCAAUCCUUUGAAAGUUCAGCAAAGCCCGAUUUUCAUGUUCAUAACCGGCCUAAAAGUGGUUCGCAAAACAAAGGUUAUUUUGACUCGCAGCAACCUCUUCAAUCUACUAUCACCUCCAAGAUAACAACUUUUGCCACCAAGGUUACAAGUAGAGCUCGUUCGAGGGUAAGGACAGGAUAUAAUUGCAACGUACAGUACAGUAGCGGCUGUGAGGACCAGGAUUCUGAACAUGAGAUCAGGGCUGAGCUGACAUCAAGUGAAGCAAGUACCACAAAUGGGGAUGUACGUCAUGGUGUGUUUGUUGCCGAAGAGAAAUCUUCUGGGAAGUCAAGCAAAACUAGUGAUGAUUCAAGAGAAGGAAAAGUAGGGUUUCACAAAAUGUUUACUUCAAAGGCUGAGGGGUUACCGGCCAAGAAGGGGAUACCGUGGCCUUGGAAAGGACGUGAAAAUGAUGGCGGUUCUGACGUGACCUCAACACCUUUGCAUGAUAAGCAAGAAAAUGACGGGAGUCAUCAGAGAGUUCUAGAGCCUAUCACAAUUCCAAAGCGUCAAGAUAGUGAAUAUGCGCAGACAACCAAAUAUGAGGUCUCAGGUUCCUGGUGGAUUUUCAACAAUAAUAGUACAAGUAGUAUGAGCAGCACGAGUUCAAAUGGCAGUCCUAUCGAGAGAUUAGAUUACGAAGCAGACUGCUUGGAUUAUGAGAUUCUGUGGGAAGACCAGAGGGAUUAA